GUUAUAGACAUUCGUUAUGUUGGUAAAAUCUGUGUUCGUUUUGCCAAUUGCACUAGUUGGUAGUCGGUUGUGUGUGUUGUGAGUUGUAACUAAAAUCUAUAUAAUUGUUGGCCAUCCAGUGAAGUAACGGAGAGAAAAUGGUACAAAAAAAGCCUAAGAAGAAGGUAGGCAAGAAGGUUGCAGCAGCACCUUUAGCAGUGAAGAAGGCUGAACCAAAAAAGGUUGUCAAUCCACUUUUUGAAAAAAGACCAAGGAAUUUUGGCAUUGGCCAGGAUAUCCAGCCAUCUCGAGAUUUAAGUCGAUUCGUGAGGUGGCCAAAAUAUAUCAGAAUUCAGCGUCAGAAGGCUGUGCUGCAGAAACGCCUGAAAGUACCACCACCAAUCAACCAGUUCGCCUCGUCUGUUGACAAACAGACUGCUCAAGCACUUUUCAAAGUGUUGGAGAAAUAUCGGCCAGAGACAGCAUAUGCAAAGAAGGCCAGGCUGCGAGCACGUGCUGAAGCAAAGGUUGCAAAGAAGGAGGAAGCACCCACAAAGAGACCUAAUGUAUUGCGUCAAGGCAGCAACACUGUUACAAAGUUGGUAGAGCAGAAGAAGGCUCAGCUGGUUGUCAUCGCACAUGAUGUUGAUCCAGUUGAGUUGGUAUUGUUUAUGCCAGCACUGUGCCGCAAGAUGGGUGUUCCUUACUGCAUAGUGAAAGGCAAGGCUCGUCUUGGGACACUUGUUAGAAGGAAGACUUGUACAUGCAUUGCAGUGACCCAGGUGGAUUCUGGUGAUCGUGCAGCUUUCACAAAGGUGGUUGAAGCAAUUAAAAUUAAUUUCAAUGAUCGCUUUGAAGAAAUCAAACGACAUUGGGGAGGUGGUGCUCUGGGCUCAAAGUCUGCUGCAAGAAUUGCCAAGAUUGAAAAGGCUAAAGCAAGAGAACUUGCACAAAAACAAGGUUGAAUAAUAUGUACAGGUUCACGUAAAGAAAUACAUAUGUGAAUUUGA